AUGAGCUUUUUUCUUGGUGGUGAAGGGGCUGUAUUGAUUAAGCAGGUUUUGGAGGCUAUCGAUACCGUUGGGGGAGAGCAGGGAUCAUCCGGCGGUGAAUCCAUUCGGACCGGCGAGCCGCCUCUUGAAACGGCGGAACUGGAUCCGAUUCUGGUGGUGGUUGGAGGCAGUGAUCUGCUGAAAGACAGGGCGGAGGAGUACGCGGAGAAGCUCAAGGGUUGGGGAAAGAAGGUGGAGUACGCGGAGUUCGAAGGACAGCAACAUGGCUUCUUCACCAUAUAUCCCAAUUCCGACGCUGCUAAUGAAUUGAUGCUUCUCAUCAAACGCUUCCUUGCUCAGAAUUAA